ACUACAGAGAAGCAAUAACAAAAUUGAGAGUCAGAGAAAGGGGGAUAUUAGGACUAUUACAGAAUAUCUCUAUUUGUCGUUCCAAAAAUUAAUCAAAAGUAGAGCAGUGAUAGACUGAUAGUUUGUUUAAUGUUAUUUCUAAGGAAGAAGAAAUGGCUUAUGCUGCUCUGACAUCUGCUGUAUGCUCACUCGAGCUGUUCCUGCAAUGCAAUCAUCCAUUACUGAAUAAUCUUCAGAGGAAAGACCAAAUCUCAUCACUACUCAAAAGAAUUAUUGUUUUUCAAGAGUUCUUGACAGAUUAUGAAAAGAUAAAUCAUAGCCAUAGAGGGUUGAAAUUAUUGGAAGGAAAGAUCAAAGAAAAAGCGUAUCAAGUUGAAGAUACUGUUGACUCAAAGCUGAGAAAAUAUUUCCUGGCUAAAAAUGCAAAGUACCGAAGAAAGGCCUACUCAGUCCUACGUAGGAGGUUGCAGGUAGUGAUUGAAGAAAUGGAAUUCAUCAAAAAAGAAGCGAUGACAAUUAAGGGUGACAAGAUUAGCACUUCGAAGUUUCAUAAACAGGUUUUACCGGCUAGGCAUGCAUCAACAAGUAGUCCAAAUCUGCAACAAACGCCAGUUGGUUUCCAGGACGACUUGGAGAAAAUAAUUGAUAGGCUCAGAGGUCGGCCUUCUGAACUAGACAUCAUCUCUAUAGUCGGUAUGGCAGGCAUUGGUAAAACAACUCUUGCGAACAGAGCAUUUAAUCAUCCUUCUGUUGUUUAUCAGUUCGAUGUCCGUGCUUGGACCACUGUUUCUCAAGAGUAUAGGGAAAGAGACCUGUUACUUGACCUCCUUUAUUCUGUUAGUCCUCCAACCAACAGAAACAAUCUAGCUAGUGACGAAAAAGCUGCUGAUCGACUGUUCAAUGAGGUAAUGACUGAUACUCAUCCUUUGGAAGAAAGAUACGAAGGAAGUAACGGAGAAAUUGCUGACCGAUUGCGCAAAAGUUUAAUACGUAGGAGAUUUCUUAUUGUUGUCGAUGACAUGUGGAGCUUUGAUGCUUGGGACAAUGUGCUCAGGCUGUUUCCUGAUGAUAACAAUGGAAGUCGUGUGAUACUAACAAGUAGGCACAUUGAUGUAGCAACUUAUGCUAAUCCAGAUAGGCAACCUCACCGACUGAAUUUUCUAAACAAAGAUGAAAGUUGGGAGUUACUCCGUGCGAAACUAUUUGGGAAAAGAGAAUGUCCUUCUGAAUUGGAAGAUAUCGGAAGAAGUAUUGCAGAAAAAUGCGAAGGACUACCUCUAGCAAUUGUUGUGGUUUCAGGGCAUCUCUCCAAAAUGAACAUGACUCCUGAUUCCUGGAACACUGUUGCAGAAAGUGUGGGUUCCGUUGUAAAUCGUGAGCCAGGGCAGUGUUUAGACAUACUUGCUCUAAGUUACAACUACUUGCCUCAACAUCUAAAAGCGUGCUUCUUGUACAUGGGAGCAUUUCCUGAAGAUUUUGAGAUUCCUGUGUGGAAGCUGAUCAGGUUGUGGAUUGCUGAGGGCUUUCUUAAUGCAACAGGGCUUACAACCUUGGAAGAGAUGGCAGUAGACUGCUUGGAGGAUCUUAUUGAUAGAAGUUUGGUUUUAGCUGGAAAGCGGUCUAAUGGAAAACUCAAAACAUGUAAACUCCAUGAUAUCAUGCGGGACUUUUGCUUAGAAGAAGCGAAAAGACAAAACUUUCUACAUGUCUUGAAGCACUCCCUAGAUGAUCUGUUAGAAAAUAUAACGGCUCUGCGUCGGGUUAGUUUCAAUUGUAGCACCAUAUUCUCAAGUGACUCUUUUCAACCCACUGAUCCUACUGUUACUGUUUCUCGUUCCAUCUUGGGAUUCAAUAUCUCCCAAAGUUCAAUCUUUUCAUAUAUAGGCUUCAAAUUGCUCAGGGUUCUGGAUAUCACUUUCCAACAUUUCCCACAGUUUCCCAGUGAGAUAAUGCAACUUGUUAAUUUGCGGUACCUUGCAGUUGCCACUAUUAAGGAAUUCCCUCCAGCAGUAUCACAGUUUUGGAGUUUGCAGACUUUAAUCGUUCGUGUACAUUCCGGAGACUUAACUUUGCCUCGGGAGAUAUGGAAGAUGCCAAACCUCAGACAUCUCCAUAUUAAACCAAGCAUCUGUUUGCCAAGCCCAACCAAUUCCUUGGUUUUAAAUGACCUACAAACACUUGCCAAUAUUACCUUUGCAGAUUGUACAAAGGAUGUCUUCUCUAGCACGCCUAAGUUGAAGAGAUUGGGAAUAUGUGAAACGGUCGAGUAUACUCACCCAGUCCAGAUUCCCUGGAAUGAUUUUCUUUACACAGCUGAAAAUCUGUGGCCUUAUUAUACUGAAUCAAAUUCAAAGUUGUGGUCAGAUUGUCUUAGAAAUCUUGCUCUCCUGCCUCAACUUGAGGCACUAAAGAUUGUUGGGUUGAUGCCACCUGUGCAAAUACCAAAAUUAGCUCUUCAUCUUGAUGCACUUCCAGAGAAUCUUAAGAAGUUGACUUUGAGCUUUACCUACUUGCCAUGGGAGAGCAUGACCUCCCUUUGUAGAUUACCAAGUCUCGAGGUUCUCAAACUAAAACAUUAUGCCUUCACAGGACCAAAGUGGGAACAAGUUGAAGAGGGGUUCUGUUCUUUGAAAUUGUUGCUGAUCGAGUCGUAUGAUUUAAAGCACUGGAGUGCCACAAAUGAUCAUUUCCCUUGCCUGGAACAUCUAGUUCUUAAGAGUUGCCUUAACUUGGAGAGCAUCCCUCACGAGUUGGGGGAUAUUCCAACUUUGCAGAUAAUUGAGCUGGAAAAAUCAAGCCAUUCUGCAGUGCUUUCAGCUAAAGAGAUUCAAGAGGAGCAGCAGAGUUAUGGUAAUGACACUCUAGAAGUGCGAUUGGAGAGAAAUUUCGGGAGAAUUGAUGCUGUUGCAACUCCUUAUUGA